UCCCUUAGACACGUUAGCGCUCUACCCUGGGCUGUAUGUCGUCUGUGUGUGGUGUUUAUCCUUUGUAGCCUUCAGCAACAGCAAUGAUUUACGGUCAUCAAUAGUUGUAGUGCCACUUUUUGGGGAGUUUCUGGGGACUUGAUGGGUGGGAAAAAGAAGAAGUCAGCGGGGGCUGGUGCUUCGGGUUCACCGGCAACUGCAGCGGUAGGAAACGGCGUGGCUGAGGACCCGAGUGUCGGAAAGAAACAGACGCAGAACAAGCCAGCUAAGCCCUUGAAAGAGAGUAAACCGAAGGCUCCAAAGACCUACAGCCUUGCCAACACUGCUCAGGUUGACACAGGAGGAGUCUCUGACAAGUCAAUUCUUAAAGUUUUCAUCCAAGGUGACCUCGAAAAGAAAAUAAUCAAGCUGAUCAAUGAUUUCAGAGAGGAGAAUGGAGAUAAAGGCCCUGUAUCAGGAAGACUCACUACUAAGAAAUUGCUGGAUCUUUACACAGCUUUGCAAAAGUUCCACUUUAAAACAGAACACAUUGAGGAGGCGAUGAAGAGUAGUGUACUGUAUGGAGGGGAUCUUCACUCUGCUCUUGACUGGCUCUGUCUUAACCUCAAGGAUGAUGAGCUACCUCAUGGUUUUAGCCAGCAGAUGCAAGAGGAGAGCCAAAAGAGUAGGCCCAGGUUUCACCCUCCUGUCCAGGAGAAGAACUCAAAGCCCAGCCCCAAAGCAUCUAACAAACCUUCCAAGGAAGCAGAUGUGGUUUCCAAAAAGGAUGAUGAGGGCACAAGCAUGAAGGAUUGGAUCCUUAGGUAUGCAGAGCAGUGCAGUGAGGAGGAGGAAGAAGAAGAGGAGUCAGUGGGGGAACAUAAGACUACACGCAAUCCCGAGCUGGAUGAAAAGUUUGACCCUAAUGACAGGUAUCUUGUGCUCACUGCCCAACUAUAUGAUGCCAAGGAAAUGGCGGCUGCUGCCAAGACCAAAAAAGACAAGGCAGGCCAGAGGCAGGCGCAGGAUAGGAUACGUGUAAUACAGCAAGAAAUGAAGCCCCUGGAGUCCCACCCAAUGUUCAACCCAGCUAUAAAGGUAGCUGCACAGGAGAAGAAGCCAGCUCCAGUCUCUGAGGAGAAAGAGGACCUAAACUUCAACCUGUUUGAACCAGUUGAAAAGCCUCCUGCUGCAGAAAAAGAAGUGAAAAAGAAGGAGCCAAAGGACAUUCGCAAUUUUGAUUACACGGCUCGCAGCUGGACAGGAAAAUCCCCCAAACAGUUCCUCAUCGACUGGGUCCGCAAGAAUCUGCCCAAGAGCCCCCAGCCAUCUUUUCACAAGGUUUCAGCUGGGAAAUACUGGCGAUGCAAAGUGCGUGUUCAGAGAGUGGAUGAUGUUGUUGAAGUAUGUCCCACAAUUGUGACUGAGGACAGUAUGCAGGCCCAACAUCUGGGUGCCACCCUAGCACUCUACAACCUGGUCAAAGGACAGUCGGUGCACCAGCUUCUGCCUCCUACCUACAGAGAUGUGUGGCUGGAAUGGCGAGACAGUGAGCAGCAACAACAGGAAGAAACUCGCAUAGCUGCCAACAAACCACGAGACCAGUUUAUCUCCCGGUUAUUGACCAGGCUCAAACAGCAGCAGAAUCAGAGCCACAGCCAGGAACCAGAGCAACAAACCGGGUCCCAAUGCCAAUCAGGACUGCAGAAGCCAGAAGGUGAGGAGCCUGAAGAGUCCUGGGAGAGCCUGGCAGGUUUGGAUGUUGGAGAGGAAAGAGAGGACCAGGGUGACAACAGAGAAGCAGGGGGAGGGAGAGAAGAUGCAGAGGCCCUUGGAGCAUCCAGACAGCUGCUAAUGAAGCUACGGAAAACCCCACUAGCCUGCAAACUCCAGGCUGAUCGGGAGCAGCUCCCAGUCUUCCAACACCAACAGCGCGUCCUGGAGGCUCUGCAGCGUCACCGUGUGGUAGUGGUGGCUGGUGAGACAGGCAGUGGGAAGAGUACACAGAUCCCUCAGUUCCUCAUGGAGGAGCUGUUGACAGGGGGUAAUAUGGCACAGCCUUGUAACAUUGUGGUGACACAGCCCCGCCGGAUAUCCGCCAUGAGUCUGGCCAGCAGAGUCAGCCAGGAGCUAGGCUGUGAGGAGGGCCCAGGCUCAAAGAUGUCGCAGUGUGGGUACCAGGUCCGGUUAGAAAACCGAUCGGGAGACUGGACUCGUCUGCUGUACUGUACUACUGGAGUCUUAAUCAGGAAACUCCAGCAGGACCGACAUCUUAGUGCUGUGACACAUGUCAUCGUAGAUGAGGUCCAUGAACGAAGUGUUCAGUCUGACUUCCUGUUAACCAUACUAAAGGAUGUUGUUAUGAAGAGAUCAGACCUGCGGUUGAUCUUGAUGAGUGCCACAGUUGACUGUGACAAGUUCUCUAAAUACUUCAACCACUGCCCUAUAGUCAGCAUUCCUGGCAGGACGUUUCCUGUGGAGGUGUACCAUUUAGAAGACAUAGUGGAAAAGACCGGCUACAUUCUGGAGAAGGACUCAGAGUACUGCCAGAAGAUUCUUGAAGAGGAAGAGGAGGUCAGCAUCUCGAUCACACAAAAAGGUGGCAAGACUUUACUGCACCAGGAGGCGAUUGUGAGGGAAUCCGGUGGUGGCUUGGAGCUGGGUCCAGACCUGGACCACUUCAGCAGUAGGACCCGCCAAGUGCUGCAAUAUAUGAACCCCAAUAAGAUCAAUAUGGACUUGCUGCUAGACGUCAUUGACUACCUGGACAAAUCUGCUCCGUUCGCAUUAAUGAAUGGGGCGGUUCUAGUGUUCCUGCCAGGUUUAGCCCACAUCCAGCAGCUCUAUGACCUGCUCUCCACUGAUAGGAGGUUCAGGAACAAAGACAGGUACCGGCUGGUAGCACUCCACUCUUCUCUGUCUUCAAGAGAUCAAGCUGCGGCCUUCAUAGUGCCGCCUGCUGGUGUCAGGAAGAUUGUGUUGUCAACUAAUAUUGCUGAGACUGGAGUGACUAUCCCUGAUGUUGUGUUUGUCAUCGAUACGGGGAAGACCAAAGAAAACAAAUAUCAUGAGAGUAGCCAGAUGAGUUCUCUGGUGGAGACCUUUGUUUCCAAGGCCAGUGCUCUCCAGAGACAGGGGAGGGCAGGACGUGUCCAAAAUGGCUUCUGCUUCAGACUCUAUUCAAAUAACAGGUUUAAAUCCUUCUUGGAUUACUCCGUCCCAGAGAUACUGAGGGUGCCUCUAGAGGAGCUCUGUCUCCAUAUCAUGAAGUGUGAGUAUGGAUCCCCAGAGGACUUCCUGAGCCGAGCCUUAGAUGCCCCUCAACCCCAAUCAGUCAGUAAUGCUGUCAGCCUGCUGAGGAAAAUUGGGGCAUGCCACCCAGAAAGCCACCAACUCACCCCACUGGGUCACCACCUGGCCAGCCUGCCUGUCAAUGUCAAGAUUGGCAAGAUGCUUAUUUAUGGAGCCAUCCUGGGCUGUCUAGACCCCAUAGCAACCAUUGCAGCAGCAAUCACUGAGAAGUCUCCUUUCUUCACACCCAUGGACAGGAAAGAGGAAGCCAACCUGGUCAAAGCUGCCUUGGCAAUGGCCAACUCUGAUCAUCUGACAAUAUACAACGCAUACUUAGGGUGGAAGAAGUCCCAGAUGGAAGGACCGAGAACAGAAAUGUCCUUCUGUCGAAAACAUUUUCUUAACCGCACAGCACUCAUCACAAUAGAGGAUAUGAAGCACGAGCUGAUGAAGAUGAUGGAGCAGGCAGGUUUCUGGUCUUCUCGCUCAUCUCGUCCUUUUAAAUCCCAGACAUCUACUCUGUCCAAACAGCAAAUUUCUGUCCUUAAUGCUGUGCUGACAGCUGGACUUUAUGACAGUGUGGCCCGAGUCCUUUGUACACCCUCUGUAGAUGUCCUGGAGAAGAUUGCCUGCAUGGUAGAAACCCCCCAAGGCAAGGCCCAGGUCCACCCUUCAUCUGUCAACCGCAGCUUACAGACACAUGGCUGGCUGCUGUACCAAGAAAAGGUCAAGUACACCAAGAUCUAUCUGCGAGACACAACUCUAAUAUCACCCUUCCCUAUGCUGCUGUUUGGAGGGGACAUAGAUGUUCAGCACAGAGAACGACUCAUCACCCUGGAUGGAUGGAUACACUUCCAGGCUCCAGUGAGGAUUGGUGUGAUCUUCAAACACCUGAGGAAGUUGAUGGACUCACUGCUAGAAAAGAAACUAGAGAAACCUAACAUGAACCUGGAAGAUGAGAAGACCAUCCAUUUGAUUCUGGAGUUGAUCAAGAUGGAGAAUGUUGUGUGAUAUCCAGCCACCAAAGGACGUAUCAGUCAUUAAAAAAAAAAAAAAAAAACACACACACACACAUAUAUAUAUAUAUAAGUACCUAUGAAAGCAUGCCUAACUGUCAGGUAAUAAAGCAGUUGUCAAUUUAAUGAGACUCAACCAGUCCUACUAUGACCAGGGAGAAAGGCCUGGGAUAAAUUUAGCAUGGUGCAUUAAACAACAACAAACAGAAAUGUCUAUUAACUGCGUUGAAACUUCACAAAGUAGAAUUGUAGUGGACCCAGCAGAGAUUAAUGAGGCCUUUAGGGUCUUCUAUGGGAAAUUGUAUAGUUCUGAAUGCUCUUCCAGCCUGGAUAUGAAGACAGAAUUCCUAAACAACCUUAAUAUUCCUAGAAUUUCUGAAGAGGAAAGUAGAGCAUUAGAUGGAGAAUUAACAAAACUGGAAAUUGUAGAAGCGAUUGUCUGUAUGCAGGCUGGAAAAGCAGUGGGUCCAGACAGCAUCCCUGUACAUAUUUAUAAAAAAAAUGUAGUCUAAAUUACUUUCACCUCUUUUGGAGACGUUUCAGGAGUCCUUCAGGAAUGGUUUUCCCCCCACAUCCAUGAGGGGUGCCCUAGUCAUAUUACUUCCAAAACCGGGAAAACCAAACACAAAAUGUGAAAAUAUGCACCCAGUUAGCCUCUUAAAUUUUCACAAUGUUAGGUGAGUGCUCAAUAUUUUAAACAGCCAGAGAGGGGCAACAGACACGGCCUUAAACUUGAUGCAGAGAAGGCCUUUGACUGUGUUGAAUGGCCUUAUCUAUUUGAGGUGCUUACCUGCUUUGGCUUUGGGAUUACAUUUUAUGAAUGAGUUAGAUUGCUUUGUACUGGGCUCACUGCAGAAGUUUUGACCAAUAAUUUGGUGUCUAAACCUUUUAACAUCUCUAGAGGUUGCCCGCAAGGAAGUCCUUUAUCACCAUUGCUAUUUAUUCUUGCAAUAGAACCAUUUGCUAUAGCAAAGGAUGCAUAGUGACAUUUAUGGAAUGCGAGAAGGUCAUUUAGACGGAUCAUCCGUUUCCAUUUCUUCCUGUCUUCUGCGUCUUCCUCUGUCACACCACCCACCUGCAUGUCUUCCCUCACCACAUCCAUAAACCUCCUCUUUGGCCUUCCUCUUCUCCUCUUCCUUGGCAGCUCCAUAUUCAGCAUCCUUCUCCCAAUAUACCCAGCAUCUCUCUUCCACACAUGUCCAAGCCAUCUCAAUCUUGCCUCUCUUGCUUUGGUAGAUCUUAUUAAUAAAUUUGGAAAAAUAUCUGGAUACAAAGUUAAUCAUUCAACAUCAGUGGUGUAUGUAACUUUUUUGGUCCGGUUCUCAAGGAAGCACCUGGAGAUGUUUCUAGGUACUCAGUCUGUAUGUUGCAUGGUUAUCCUACAAGCUGUCAUCAUCACUACCCUCCUGACUGCUCUCCUCACUCUCUUCCUCUCUUUCAAACAUGACAGAUGAAGAUGUAGGCCUACUUCUUUCUCCCUUGUUGAGUCUGUGAUUAGCUGUUUGCAUCCAUAAGUCAACAGCUGGCUUCGGCUCAAAAGUCUCUUGUCAUCUUAGACAAGUGGAUGUGCAUCAGGGAUGAGAGGAGAGAGUCUGACAGGCAGGAUCUGUACUUGCUUUGUAUCAUAUUGAGAUGUGAAAAUCCACUCUCACACACAGCACUGCUCAAGGACAGUGCAAGGGACAACAGAAGGACUUUAUGAAUGUUGGAGUAACGAUCUGUAUUACUUAUCUUCACUGUGUUGACCAAGUCAUACACAGAGGAGGCUGCCAAAAGUUUUCCUGCUUGCUUUAAACACAUCCAUCCUCAUGUAGUGGAAUCUCUGUCAACAGACAAGCUGGCCUCAUAUUUUUUGGAGGAUGUUAGUAAGUGUUAUGUUGCCAAAACUGUGGAGGUCUUGCAUUUCUCGAGGCCAAGUUGAAGGAUCACAAAUUAAAAAUUGAUCACAUGACUUAAGGGAUUCAUAUCUGCUUUCAAACUCAUGAAUUAGACCUUUCAAUACAUCAGCUUUGUCCCUGUCAGCAUCAGUAUUUGAAAGUCUCUUUCCUGUUCUUGCCAUCACUGUCAAGCAAUAGUGUCAGCUGUUCAGCAGCUACCAUGAGCUCAUUUUUGCAUUCACCAAUAGUCAACUUAUCUUGUUCUGUUAUGCCAAGCUUACCAUUGCACUUGUAUUUGUAUUCAGCAGGUCGUAAAUACCUGAGAAAAAACAUAGACAACUCUAUUGUGUUGAAUAUGAUUAACAUUUGGUUUGACUCUUGUAAAUAUUUGAACAUAAACUCCUCCUGGUCACGCUUCAGUCCAAUUUGGGGUAAUGUUAACUUUAAACCAGGAAAAUGUAACUCAGGAUUUCGGUUAUGUGCUGAAAAAGGGUUAAAGAAAGUGGAAGAUAUGUACAUUGAAAAUAAAGUACUUAUGUCCUUUGCAGAAAUGUCAACUAAAUAUGACAUUCCAAAGAAUCACUUUUUCAAAUAUCUUCAAAUUAGGAACUUUAUAUCCUCAUCUGAAAACCAUUCAUUAGAUAUACCUGUCAUUUCCUCAUUAGAGGCAGCAUUAUAGGAUAUUGCCAUGAUUUAAUUUCAUCUUUGUAUGGCUUGUUUGAAUCUGGGUCUGAUGAAUACUCCGAAUCAAAACUUAUUCAUGGAAAGAAGCUGUAGAUGAUGAAAUAUCUUUAGAAGACUGGAGUAAGACAUGUAGGAAGGCUCAGAGGCAGACACUCAACAGUAGCUUGAAGCGUAUACAGUAUAAAUGGCUGAUGCGUACAUACAUAACACCUGUUAAAUUGCACAAGUUUAAUGAUAACAUUCCUAAUACCUGUAUCAAGUGUAAUGAGGCAAGGGGGACACUGCAACUGUAUAUGGGAAUGUGUGAAAGAAACCCUUUUGGCUAGAUAUUAUUAAUUAUGCUUGAUCAAGUUUGAUCAAAGAACUUACCAUUGGAUCCUAAGCUUUUUAUUCUGGAUAUAUAUCCUGUCAACCAUCACUUACAAAGCAAAGAGUUUAAAUUCAUAGAUGUGUAUAUUACAAGAUAAAUGUAUAAUUUCUCUUAAUUGGAAAAAUUUUAAUGGGCCAAGAAUCAGAAUGUGGAUUAAAGAAAUGGCUUCAAACAUGUCAAUGGAAAAGAUAACGUAUAUUGUUAGACGUAAACAAAAUACGUUUGAUAUCUGGAGACCUUUUAUGUACUUCUUAAGGCAUAAUGUUAAUGUUGGUAACCUACUUCAGCGGGAACAAGUUCUGAGGGUUGUAGGGCACCAUCAAGCUCAUGCACAUUAAUCUAAGACACACCCUUUACUUUUUUUAUUUACCUAUUUACUUUUUUUUUUACAUUUUUUUCCUUUAUGGCCCUACUCAGUUGGUGGGGAUGAGUUGUGGGAGGGAGAUCGGGGGGAAAUAUUUGUUGUGUUUUGUAUAAUUGUUAUUCAUUGUAUAUUCUGAUGUGAUUUUCAAACCAUGGAAAAAAAGCAUGCCUCUCCGAAACCUGUAUAUAAUGUAUUUUUAAUAGUACUUCUGGUAUCCACAAUGAGUGUGCCCCCACCUCUCCAUUAUAUUUUACUGUGGCGAGCCGCCAUGAUAAAGACCGGAUCAGACAUAGCAGUACUAUAUUUAAGAUCACUUCAAAGGUGAAGUAAACCCAUGGGAAAAAUUACACUUUACUUGUAAUGUGAACACACUGAAAGUCUGCACUGUUGAGCAAAAGUAAUUGAUUGGACAUUUG